UGCAAUUGCAUCGUGGGUAAUAGAACGUGGCAUCCGCUGAAAAUCAACAAAUAUUUUCGUGCUAUAAAUUUCACUAUAUUGACAACAAUUACUGUUUUACAAAGUCUUCGAAACUCAAAAUUUUCAACAAAUUUAAAUAACCUUCAUGGCUAGCUAUACUGAGUUUAUACAGCAAAAUGAGGAUCGUGAUGGAGUUCGCUUCAGCUGGAAUGUUUGGCCGUCAAGUCGCCUUGAGGCCACCAGGAUUGUAGUACCAUUAGGAUGUCUCUAUACACCAAUCAAAGACCAACCAACCCUUCCACCUAUUGCAUAUGAUCCAGUGUUGUGUACCAGAUCAAACUGUAGAGCAGUUCUUAAUCCAUUUUGCCAAGUUGACUACAGAGCCAAACUUUGGACAUGUAAUUUCUGCUUUCAACGAAACCCAUUCCCCCCUCAGUAUGCAGCCAUAUCAGAGCAACACCAACCUGCAGAGCUUAUCCCCCAGUUCUCAACCAUUGAAUACACUCUCACAAGAGCCACAUGUAAUCCGCCAGUGUUCCUGUUUGUUGUGGACACAUGUAUGGAUGAUGAUGAAGAUCUUCAGGCUCUCAAGGAGUCCCUACAGAUGUCUCUGAGUUUGCUACCCCCAAAUGCCCUUAUAGGGCUCAUCACCUUUGGUAAAAUGGUACAAGUGCAUGAAUUGGGUAGUGAGGGAAUAUCAAAGAGUUAUGUGUUCAGAGGCACUAAGGACUUGGAUGCCAAACAAAUACAGGAGAUGCUUGGCAUAGGACGUGGGGUUCCUGCACAACAACCAAGGGGUCCUCAGGGACAGAACCCACAACAGCAACAACAACAACUACCAUCCAAUAGAUUCCUUCAGCCUGUCCAUAAAUGUGACAUGGCUCUGACUGAUCUCCUAGGUGAGCUUCAGAGAGAUCCCUGGCCUGUAGCUCAGGGCAAACGUCCCCUUAGGUCCCUGGGAACUGCCCUGUCUAUUGCUGUAGGACUCCUUGAGUGCACAUACCCAAAUACAGGGGCCAGAAUUAUGAUGUUUACAGGGGGCCCUUGUACUCAGGGACCAGGCAUGGUUGUCGGAGAUGAGAAGAAAUUCCCAAUAAGGUCCCAUCAUGACAUUGAAAAAGAUAGUGUCAAAUACAUGAAGAAAGCUAUGAAGCAUUAUGAGGCUCUUGCGAACAGAUGCUCCAACAAUGGUCAUAUCAUAGAUAUCUAUUCCUGUGCCCUGGACCAGACAGGCUUGCAUGAGAUGAAGUUCUGCUGCAAUCACACAGGGGGCCAUAUGAUUAUGGGAGAUUCAUUCAACACAUCCCUUUUCAAGCAAACAUUUCAACGAGUUUUUGCGAAAGAUGUCAAAGGAGAAUUCAAAAUGGCAUUUUGUGGGACAUUAGAAGUGAAGACAUCUAGGGAGCUUAAAAUACAAGGUGCCAUUGGCUCUUGUAUUUCCACCCAUGUUAAAGGCCCAAGUGUGUCCGAGACGGAACUAGGUAUGGGUGGCACAUCUAGUUGGAAGAUCUGUGGCCUUUAUCCCAACUCUACACUUGGAAUUUACUUUGAAGUUGUUAAUCAGCAUAAUGCCCCAAUACCACAAGGAGGAAGAGGCUACAUCCAGUUUAUCACAAAGUUCCAACACUCCAGUGGCCAGAAGAGAGUCAGAGUCACAACUGUAGCCAGAAACUGGGUUGAUGCAUCAAUGAAUAUCCAGCAUAUUGCUGCAGGGUUUGAUCAGGAGGCAUCAGCUGUAUUAAUGGCAAGACUUGCAGUGUUCAGGGGAGAGACAGAUGAUGGCCCAGAUGUACUGCGCUGGAUAGAUCGGAUGCUUAUUAGAUUGUGCCAAAAGUUUGGAGAGUAUAAUAAAGAUGAUCCUAACUCUUUCCGGUUCAGUGAACAAUUCUCUCUCUACCCCCAGUUUAUGUUCCACAUGAGGAGGUCCCAGUUCCUACAAGUAUUUAACAACAGCCCUGAUGAGACCUCAUACUACAGGCAUGCCUUGUUGAGAGAGGAUUUAACGCAGUCUCUUAUAAUGAUACAGCCAAUUCUCUAUGCAUACUCUUUCAAUGGCCCACCAGAGCCUGUUCUUCUUGACAGUGGUAGCAUCACUGCAGACAGAAUCCUUUUGAUGGACACAUUUUUCCAGAUUGUCAUUUUCCAUGGAGAGACUAUAGCACAAUGGAGGAAGGCCAAGUACCAGGAGAAGCCAGAGUACGAGAACUUCAAGCAGCUACUCCAAGCCCCAGUGGAUGAUGCCCAGGAGAUUCUGCAGACUAGGUUCCCAAUGCCCAGAUACAUAGACACACAAGCUGGAGGCUCUCAGGCCAGAUUCUUGCUGUCUAAGGUUAAUCCAUCACAGACACACAACAACAUGUAUUCCUGGGGUGGGGAUAGCGGCGCCCCUGUACUCACUGAUGAUGUUAGCUUACAAGUCUUCAUGGAACAUCUCAAGAAACUUGCAGUGUCCACAUCAACAUAAGACAUAUCGUGUAGUGUUUUUGGAACCCAAUAUUGCAAUUGAAGAUGGAUUAUUUUGAGCAUUUUGACUCAUUUUAUGUAGCUUUUACAUGGUUUGAUGAGGGACUUUUAUACCAAACUUUUACAGAGUAAAAGUUGAUUGUGAUUGAAUGUGGGCAUAAGCUGUAAAUGAUUGCUUUAGAAUUGCUCGAAGCAGUCUUGAAUUUGAAAUGGAGCAGACCUGAGCCACAGCUACAGUUCAAAAGGACAUAAGUAUCAUGCUUGUCUAGCAAUUUCAGGGAUUAAAAUUGAUAAGUUUUUUGAUGGAUUCAAGUCAGAAAUAGGUGUCUUGUAAUUCUUAUAAGGGAAACUGUUAUUUCAAAUUUCAACCUCUGUUGUAUCUGCUUAGAGUGUCAAGUGUAGAUUAUUAAUUCACAAUCAAAAACAAACAGCUUUGUCUGUGCCAUCAUCGUUUGAAGGACUAUUUAUUACUGUGUAUAUUUAACAAUAGCAAAUACUUUAUUCAAUACGUAAACUGCCUUGAAACUAUACAAAUGUGCAAUUUUAUUUGACAACUUAUGGGCCUCUUAGGUUCAAUUUCUCCAAUUGAUUUUGGAAUGCAAAAGUUUAAAAAAAUUAUAUAUCAAGUCACAAAUAAAACAAUUUUUCUUUAUCAUACAGGUGUUUUUAUUAUUAAUACUAUCAUUAAUCUCUAACAUUAUAUUAUAUUUAUUGUCAUAUAUUACAGGCUUUAAAAUGUAAAAAUAUAAAUUAUUUUCCAUAAAAACUGCAUUUUUAUUGUUAUUUUUGUCCCUUGGGAGACAGUUACAACAAAGUCACAGCCAUGAAGGCAAAUCCUGUCAUCUGAAAGAUUACAAAGGUCACCUCAUUUACACAAAUAGUACUCUCAAAGUAAAGAUCACAUCACUAAACCUUAUAUUAUUGUAUUAUGAUCUUUCAUUAGAUUGCUAUAGAUUGCCAUAAAAUGAGAAUUUUUAAGUGUGACUGCUGGUGAAACAAAUAUUUAUUUAGACACUUUUGAUAGGUUCCGUUUUUUUCUGUCCAAGUAAAUAUUAUAUUUGUCCUAUAAUCAACAUCUUUAACAUCAGAAUCAGAAUCUAAAAAAUGGAAUUUAGAUUUAUAAACAUGAAUUACACCUCCCAAUCUUGGUUAAGAAUAUUUGUUUGAAAAUGACCCCUAAAAGAUGUAAUAUUGGCGGAGAAAUCUGAGUUAAAACAAAUAUUAGGGAAAUGUUAUUGCUUAUAGCAUGUUUAUUAUUCCUGUAUGAUGUCUAACUUAUGGAGCAUUUGAUUGCGCCAUAAUUUAUUGCGCAGCUCUGUACGUCCGCAAGUGUGAUAUUCUUAUAAAUCAUUGUCUAUACGUAAGAACACAUUUAUGGGCGUAUAGAGCUGUGCAAUAAAUGAUGAUGAAAUCAAACACUCCAUAAGUUAUACUAGAAAGUGUCUAAAUAUUUGUUUCACCAACAUGCUAUAAGUGAGUUGCAAAAUCUCUCUAAUAUCAGGUAAAUACUACCUAACUGUAAAUAUGUUGCAUUACAACUAACAUAUGUUUCUCAACAUACACGCUGUCCAAAAAACAUUUGAAACAAGACAAACGAGGAAUAUUCCUGGAAUUUGUUUAUCUUACAACAAUUAAGUUAUCAUAAACAUCUGAAAGUUUCACCACGUAACUGUUAGAUUUAGGGAAAAGCUUGUUUAAGUACCACCACCCAUAUUUCAUGGAAUAACUCUGAGAGUGAUGAACCAUCUAUCAUGUCCCUAUGCAAUGCUUCAAGUGCUCUUAAAUCCAGAGACAAAUGUUCAUGUACAAUUCUAAAAACUUAUCUUUACUAUAAUUGUAGACUAAAAAUCUAUAAAAUUAUUAGUUUUUUUCUUGCACUUGAGGACUUUGAUAUGCUACACUUCAUUAAUGAUCACACAGGAAAGACAAUGAAACACUUUCAGCAAAUGGGGUAAAAUCUUGAUUCCAACAUCCUAGUUUUGUGGUAUAAUCAUAAUUCAGUCAACAUAUUGUAACAAUGCUUUUGAGUAACAGUCCCUUGCAUCAAGAGUCCAGUAAAGCGAUAUUAUUGCGGCUAAAAUCCUAAAUAUUUUAGAAUACAGUAUUCUUAAUAUAGUAUUUUGUACAUUUUUACAAUUCGAUCCUUAUGGCACUCUUUGGAUAAAUCAUAUCAGUAAUCAAGUAAAGUACUAUAUGCAUGGCCACUUAAGCACUAUUCAUUUUCCAUCAAUAGCUACAAAGAUAUAAACUUAUAAAGCUAUUUUUAAAAUUUGCUUUAACCCUUUCCCGACAUGAAUAUAAGAGCAAAAUGUUGGCCUGGUGGCAGAUUUAUAAGUAAGAGCAUUUUUUAGGUAAAAACUGGAAAUGAUGUAUAACCCGGAACCUAUACUUUAAAUUUUAUCACUAAAAUACAAUUUUCAAUAAGCAUUAUAACAUUUGAUGUAAAAAUACUGAAUAGAUCUGGAGAUAUUGUCAUUUCAUUGA